AUGACUGCUGCCCUCGAGCCCAUCAGGCUCACUUCGUUCGGGGAGGCCAAGCUGGCAGUGGCAGAGCAGCUAUGCGCCACUGAGCUGGAGGCCCAGAGCUGGCGUUUGCGUUGUUUCCAGGCAGAGGCACAGCUCCGCCUGCAACGCCUGCAGCGACGCGGAGAACAGCAUCCCAGGUGGCCACAAGAUGUUGCAGCACAGCAGCAACUGCAGAACAGCUACGCAGCCUUGAAGGCACUGGACUUCACAUCGAUUGUCCAAGAGACCCUACGUGACGUGGUGCUGACACGCACCUCAGUGGGCCAUCUGCAGGACCUGCUGGAACAAACCUCGCGCGAGGUCGCAGAGCUGGAAGAGGAUGCCGCGACCAAGCGUGCACGAGCCAUCUCCCUGUCGGAAGGGGCAGCAUCAGAGGAUGCCACCUUUGAAACAAGGGAGCGGGAGCUCGAGGAGCACAAGGAGAAGGCACGGGAAAUGGCCGAGAAGCUCCGACAGAGGUUCGUUCUGGAGAAUGAUCUGGCAGAGCAGAUUGGCAAAGCUUUUCAUGUGCCACUGGUAGCAGCCCUUGCCAGCCAUGGAGAUGGAGGAGAGAUGGCGGUUCUGCGUUGUGACAAUCUCAUCCGCACGUAUCUCAUCAAGGUGGCUCUCGGAAGAUGGUGCCAGCACAUCGUCCAUCAUGCGCUCCUUCUCCUUUGCCUACCCGGCGACAGGAUAUCCUAUUUCAUCAUGCAUGCGUUUGGCGACAUGAUGGUACACACGGACGAGCUCUGCAUCGGAGGGCCUCGGCCGGUGUAUACUAUUCGCUAUCUGCAGUGGUGCUUCAACGUCCCCAUUCUCAUGAUGGUGUCUGGAAAUCCUCGUGGUUCAGUCAGUGCGAGCGAUGCAGCUUUCGAGACCUGGCUGCAAAGUAGCCAGCAUCGGAAGCUUGGCACUGUGGCGAGGCAGGAAAUGUCGUGGUGUCGAUUGCGAGAUGGACUUCGGGACACCGCCUUGGUUACAAUCGAGGCCUUGAGACAGAUGCCGUUGGCAGCAUCGGCUAGGUUGACGUCCAUGUACAUCGUGGCCUCUUGGCUUGCUCUGGUUGUGCAGAGCCACUUUGCAAGGUGGGUCCUUAUAGCAGUUGCAUUCUCUGCAUAUUUCGUGGCAUCGACGGAACAGAUCAUGCUUUUCUGCCAGCACCGGCAGCUGAACGUGCCCAGCUGGACUGACCUUCUGCUCGCGGGGCAGGUGCUGAUCUUUGGCUUCUACGGGUUCAUAUAUCUUUUCGCUGUCUUCGGUCUUAUCUCGAGUGCUUCGGAGCAGGCAGCUUACACCUAUUCCGACAUUCUGGCAAAGAUGACCCACUCUGUCAUCAUCCUGGCCUACCGGCGCACAGACGAGGUGUUGCAGGCAGCUUCGCUACGUGAUUUCGCAGUGUCAGCGGCAGCAGACCUGAAACGGAUGAUCCGGGAGGCCAGCGUGCCAAUCUUCUCUGUGACCACGAGCCUCAAGAUCGAUGAGUGGAACGGCUGCAUCUCGGAGUUGACGGGGGUGACACCGGAGUUGGCAAGGGGCAAGACUCUGACAGAGCUCUUCGCCGAAGGCAAAGAAAGUCAAUGGCAGCACUUCGCCGUGGAGCUUCUCACGGGGGCUAUUGCAGACGAUCCUACCGGCAUUGCACAGUUCCAUUUCUCGAAGAUGGAGGAUGAAGCACAAGACUUCGUAAUCAUCGCCGCGAGUGCCAGGCCACUUCGAGAUAGACAUGGAGAGAUAUGCGGAGCAGUCUGCAUCGGUCAGGAUGUCACGGAGCUGAUGCUGCAAAGGCAAGAAGCCCAAGCAUUAGCUGCUGGUCUGACGCAGCUCGUCGAUACUGCUCCUGUGCCAAUAUUCGAGGUCAAUCAAGACAUGAGGGUAACCGAGUGGAAUUCCUGGCUGGUGCAGAAUAUUGGUCUCACCAAGGCCUAUGUUCUGGAUGCCCAUCUUUUUGAUUUGCUGAGUCCUUCAAGCAGGAGGGUGACCGAGCUCAUUCAGACUGGGAAGCCGGACACAUUCGAGCUCACGCUGGAAGGAUCCAACUCCAAACAGAUCACGCUGCGAAUGAAUGCCAUGCCGCGGAUAAACUCGCGACAAGAAACUGUGGGAUUCGUCCUCGUGGGCCAGGACAUCACAGAGCUCAAGGACAUUGGCGAGUGGAAGUCUGCAAUGAUGGCGAUCAUCUCGCACGAGCUGAAGUCGCCUUUGCAUGGCAUCAUGGGCCUAAGUCAAGGGUUCAUCGUGGAUGAUGAUGUGGACAUGGUUCAAAAGCGGGCCAUGGCAAUGGUCAGCAACUGCGCGAAGCGACUGAUCGACAUUGUGAGCAACAUCAUGGACGCUGCGGAAAUGAUAAACCAAAGAAACAGGCCUAUGGUGAGAGAUCCGGUGAUGAUCGAAAGUAUCAUUCGGGAGAUGGUGCUGCUAUGCCAGCAGGCAGUAGACAAACGAGGUUUGCCGGAGUUAAAGCCCUCUGUGAAGAUCAUCAACGCAAUUACCGAGCCUUUGCCCAUGAUUGAAGGGGACGCACAUCGAUGCGCGCAGCUGAUGCAUAACCUGAUCUCCAACGCAAUCAAGUUCACCCACAAAGGGUCUGUGACCAUCUCAGCUAGUCCCGAUGACGUGGAGAAGAUGGUGACCGUUGACGUGAAAGACACUGGAAUCGGCAUCUCUCCAAACAACCUAGAGCGCAUCUUCGAGCCCUUUGAUCAGGAAGACCGUUCAGAGCAGCGGCGUUACGAAGGCAUGGGAAUGGGUCUGGCGCUCUGCCGGGAGAUCGCGCUGAAGCAUGGGGGUUCACUGUCGGUGAAAAGCAAAAAGGGCAAAGGGUCGACGUUUAGCGUGAAGCUGCCAUACUGGACGGGGGCUUCCAUCGCCAAAGACCUCAGCAUCGCAGAGCUGCAGGGCCGUGAGAAGACAUCCCGGUCCAGCGUGCCGGAAUUUGGUGGCGACAUGGUCAGGGCACUGGGCCCAGAACAGUCUUUCAAGACGUUUUCGGAUGGGCUGGCCGCGGCUGGCAGAAGGGCAAUCCCAGGACAAGCGCUCAUGAACUCAGGCACUUCGGGGACAUCGCAACCGAGAUUUCCACCUUCCAAAGCAGCUGCAUCGAAUGUCAUACUCACUGUCGAUGACAACAUGGUGAACCAGCAAGUCGUGCACUCCCUCCUUCGGUCCAGCGAGUACACCAUGCAGGUGGCUGUCCAUGGCGGAGAGGCCCUGAGCUACCUGAGCGACAAUCCACUUCCAGCGCUUGUCCUCCUUGAGGUGAUGAUGCCAGGAUUGUCGGGACCAGAUGUGCUGCGGACGCUGCGGCAGAAGUACCCGGUGGAAAUCCUGCCCGUCAUCGUGAUGUCGGCCAGCAGCGACAAGGACAUGAUCACCAAAUGCUUGAAGCUGGGUGCCAACGAUUUCGUUAAGAAGCCGUUCCAUCCCUCAGAAUUGCUCGCCCGAAUGCAGCUGCAGUGCAAUCUUGCACGAGCUCAGCGACGUCUCAGCAAUGACGGCCCAGCCGUGCCAGACACCACAUCGGACGUGGACGACUACAACUUGAAAGCUGCGGGCUGCGUGGAUGCAAGACUUCUGGAGGGAAUGAUUCCGGCGGCGCUGCUGGAGACGUUGACAUCUGCUUCUGGAAGAAAUCCCCAGGUGAGUCCAGAGGCAGCCCGACAGCAAGUCGAGGAGUUCCUGAGCAACUCCGAGAAGAUUCAGCAAAUGACAAGCACUAUUGAGGAGCUGCAGUCGAAUCUGGCUGAGGAGAGGGCAAAGCACGGUGUGCUCUCUGAAAGCCAGCUGCUGCUGACGAAGAGUCAUGCUUUGCGCCUGCAACGCCUUCAAGAGGAGGUCAAGAAGAGGGAGCAGCGCUUGCUGAGCUUUGGGCGUUGGCGAGACGCCCAGAAAGCUGUGCCGGCAAGUCACCAUGUGAGCACCAGCGUAGCGAAGAACAUCAACCGUCUGGAUGAGUCUUUGAUGAUCAAAGAAAGCGGAGCCAGCGGAAUCAUCGCCUCGCUGCCUGAAGCAGAAGCCUCAGCGCUGCGCGAGCUCCUGACUGGGUUGCGUGAGGAGGCGUUGCGCUUGCAGCAGGAGAGCUCCUGCAAAGAUCAGCUCCUUAUGGAUGCCAGCUUCAAAAUGCAGUUGCUGGGCAUGAGCCUCGUGCAGAAGGUUAUCCCAACGCCUGCACAGAUCCUGCUCAAUGAGGGAAGCCACAUCCCGGAGCAUUUUGCCGUGCUUGUCGGGAGUAUGGCAGCUCCGAUUUCUCUCCAAGCCUACACUUCCUCCAUCGCAGAUAUUCGGGCCAUGAUGAAGUCUUGGAGAGAUCUCAUGAGCAAUCGGAGUCGGGUCGGGGUGCAGGUUGAAAAGAUGCGGUGGACAGUUCAUACGAGUGGCACAGAUGCGCAGGUGGCCGUUGGCCAGGACCAAGUGGAACGCCUCCAACGUGAAAUCCAGGCGUUUCUUCCAAGUCAGCAGCAGAUGCAGCAAGAAGCGCGACAGGCCCAGCACGAGUCGGACAAAGCGAGGUCGCUGGCACAAAGACGCCGUGAGGCUGUGUCCAAGCUUGAGGAGGAGGCGCAGCAGGUCGAGCGAAGCGCAGAGGAGGAGCAGGCAACCAUGAGCGCGAGGCUCGAACAGAUGCGGACAGAUCUGAACGAGACUGUGGCCAGCACGACAGAGUUAGGUGCGGGCCUGGCAUCAGCUCCGUUCAGUUGCCAGUCUUCAUUCAACAUGACAUGA